CUGCAGAGAGCCCCCUGCGGGAGGGGCCGGCCAGCGCGCCGAGAAGCGGGUUGCUGUGGGACUGCACAAACGCAAGCCCGUCCGAGGAGUUGUGCCAGCAACAUCACCGCCUGCAUUGCGUCGGACCUGACCAUUUCCAAUGCGAAAUCCCCGGGGAAGGUCGUGGCCGGGGGCCGGGCGUGUGCGGGGCUGUGGACCGUAAGGGAAGUAGAACUGGGGGUCGGCUUUUCUAGCAGAAGGAAACCUGUGCCGGCAAGGGUGGGGACUGAAUGACAGCCCCCCUCUGCCAAGCCACCCCCUCCUGUUUUCCAUCUACCUCCUCGCUCCCGCCCUCCCCCGCCCUCCCCAUCCCACGCCCGGGUGGGCCAAUCGCUGCUCCGCAUUCCGGGCGCUCUCUCAGGUUUCUGCUGAUCUUGCAGCGCCCAGAAAUGGACCCAGCGGACCCGCGCCGCACGCACCCUGCCCCACUCGGAGCUCCCAUCGGCUCCCGGCGUGCGGCGUAGCCUCGGCGAGGUCCGUGCCGGGGUGCGGGAAGCGGAGGCGACCCGCGAGCCAUGUAGAUCCAGGCUUCUGCUCUCUCGCCUCCUUCGGGAUCGAAUCAAGGGCUCCCACGGUGUUGGGAGGGGGCGAGAGCGCUGCUCACCGUCAUUUGCUUCAGAGCUCGGGAGAGGGUGGCAUUUUGCUUCUCCGCCCCGCAGCCUCCGGAACUCCCCGCACCCGAGAGAGGACUGCGUCUCCAGGUUGCUGGCCACGGGUGAGAAUGGGGGUGGGCAAUGGACAUUUCGGCCGUAGCUGCCCAGUAAAGCGACCGACCGACUGAAGGGGCACAGGACGAGGGGCGAGGGCCGCACGUUUGCCCCGGCGCCCCUCGGAUGCUGCGGCGGCCGCGGCUCCCGCCGGGCUACGGCAAAGGCGACCUGCCGCAUUCCCAGUCGGGCUCUCCGCCGACUCAGCACCGCCCCUGCGCCAAGCCGGCCGGCCAGCACGACGACCACGAGUGCUGCGAACGCGUGGUCAUCAACAUCUCGGGGCUGCGCUUCGAGACGCAGCUCAAGACGCUGGCGCAGUUCCCCAACACCCUGCUGGGCAACCCUAAGAAACGCAUGCGCUACUUCGACCCGCUGAGGAACGAGUACUUCUUCGACCGCAACCGGCCCAGCUUCGACGCCAUCCUCUACUACUACCAGUCGGGGGGCCGGCUGCGGAGGCCGGUCAACGUGCCGCUGGACAUGUUCUCCGAGGAGAUCAAGUUCUACGAGCUGGGCGAGGAGGCCAUGGAGAAGUUCCGCGAGGACGAGGGCUUCAUCAAGGAGGAGGAGCGCCCCCUGCCCGAGAAGGAAUACCAGCGCCAGGUGUGGCUGCUCUUCGAGUACCCCGAGAGCUCGGGGCCGGCCCGGGUCAUCGCCAUCGUCUCCGUCAUGGUCAUCCUCAUCUCCAUCGUCAUCUUCUGCCUGGAGACGCUGCCCGAGCUGAAGGAUGACAAGGACUUCAUGGGCACCGUCCACCGCAUCGACAACACCACGCUUGUCUACAAUGCCAACAUCUUCACGGACCCCUUCUUCAUCGUGGAGACCCUCUGCAUCAUCUGGUUCUCCUUCGAGCUGCUGGUGCGCUUCUUCGCCUGCCCCAGCAAGACAGACUUCUUCAAGAACAUCAUGAACUUCAUCGACAUCGUGGCCAUCAUCCCCUAUUUCAUCACCCUGGGCACUGAGAUAGCCCAGCAGGAGGGCAACCAGAAGGGCGAGCAGGCCACCUCGCUGGCCAUCCUCAGGGUUAUCCGGCUGGUAAGGGUUUUUAGAAUCUUCAAACUCUCCCGCCACUCAAAGGGCCUCCAGAUCCUGGGUCAGACCCUCAAAGCUAGCAUGAGGGAGCUAGGGCUGCUUAUCUUUUUCCUCUUCAUCGGGGUCAUACUGUUCUCUAGUGCAGUUUACUUUGCCGAGGCGGAAGAAGCUGAGUCGCACUUUUCCAGUAUCCCCGACGCUUUCUGGUGGGCGGUGGUGUCCAUGACCACCGUGGGAUACGGUGACAUGUACCCUGUGACAAUUGGAGGCAAGAUCGUGGGCUCCUUGUGUGCCAUCGCUGGUGUGCUGACAAUUGCCCUGCCCGUACCUGUCAUUGUGUCCAAUUUCAACUAUUUCUACCACCGGGAGACCGAGGGGGAAGAGCAAGCUCAGCUGCUCCACGUCAGUGCGCCUAAUUUAGCCUCUGACAGUGACCUCAGUCGGCGCAGCUCCUCCACUAUCAGCAAGUCUGAGUACAUGGAGAUUGAAGAGGACAUGAACAAUAGCAUAGCCCAUUUUAGACAGGCCAGCAUCCGAACUGGCAACUGCACCCUAGCUAACCAAAACUGCGUUAAUAAGAGCAAGCUACUGACUGAUGUUUAAAACAGCCAAGCCAACAUGCUAAAAAGCCCCCCCACUUAGCAGCUUGAAAGACUUAAGACACCAAACAGAACCAAACCCCGAGUGACCCAGGUCACUCUUUGUAGAUACUUCACUAAAUAGUCUUUGAACACUCUAUUUAACUGUCAAUGCGUUGUGGCAUUGCUGUUUGGGGGUGGCGAGCUUUCAGGAGCCAU